GAGACAGUCUGGUGCGCUCGCUCCUGCCAGGAAGUUGUUGGUAUUCGGGAAAUAACAAAGAGACAAAAACAGGCAUAUUAAAUUUCGUCGCAACUACACGCGGGGAAUCUAUUAAACGCGUAAGGUAUCUGGACAUUUACUGAAGGACUAUGGACUAAUCGAGGAGUAAUCGAUGGAGGCACAGAGAAGUUUUGGUCUCGUCUGGUUUGUGCUGCUGUUGGGCAUAAUAGGCUCUACAGCCAGAGAAGUGGGACUCCUGCGCGAGACGCUGUACAAGGGUUAAAGAGGUCUACACUAAAAAAAUAUGUCUUGGGACAGAUAUGAAGCUGGCUUUACCCUCCAGUCUAGAGAAUCAUUAUGAGAUGCUCCGGCUGCUGUAUACAGGCUGUCAGGUGGUUCAUGGUAACCUGGAGAUCACUCACCUGCAGGGCUCACCAGACCUCUCAUUCCUGCAGGGUGUAGUGGAGGUUCAGGGUUAUGUGCUGAUAUCUCACGUUUCAGUGCAAUCAGUUCCUUUGGACAGUCUGCGCAUCAUACGUGGCAGUCAACUCUAUAACUCCAGCUAUGCUCUCGCAGUACAUGACAACAUUCACCACAGUCAGGCAGGACUCGGUCUGAGGGAGCUACGUCUCAGGAAUCUCACAGAAAUUCUGCUUGGUGGGGUUUAUAUUUGGGGAAAUCCUCAACUGUGCUUCCCUCAGAAUAUUAAGUGGGAUGACACCGUCUAUAAAAUUCAAAGCAAACUGUUGCACCUGCAAGACGUGCCAAAGAACUGUCCUCUUUGUUCUUCAGCAUGUGGGUCUGGUGGAUGUUGGGGAAAAACGGAUCAGGACUGUCAAACACUGACCUCUGUUCAUUGCUCAUCUGGUUGUUUCCGCUGUAAGGGUCCGAAACCUAAUGACUGUUGUCAUGUGCAGUGUGCUGCUGGAUGCACAGGGCCGAAAGACUCUGACUGUCUGGCCUGUCGUCACUUUAAUGACAGUGGGACGUGUAAAGACAAUUGCCCCCUGCCCAACAUCUAUGACCCAAUAACCUUCCAGUCCAAACCCAACAAGGACAAAAAGUUCAGCUUUGGAGCUACAUGUGUAAAACAGUGUCCACAUAACUAUUUGGCCAUGGAGGUGGCGUGUACCAUGGUUUGUCCCAAAGCUAACCAGGAAGUCAUUACUGUUCAAACAGAUGGACAAGAAACACAGAAAUGUGAAAAGUGUGAAGGAGAGUGUCCUGAAGUGUGUUAUGGGUUAGGUAUGGGAAACCUUCAGGGCGUGUCAGUUGUGGACGCCACCAACAUUGGCAUGUUUGUGGGCUGUAAGAAGAUCUACGGCAGUUUGGCUUUUCUUUCAGACUCAUUUAAAGAGAACACUGUUACCAAUUUAUCUGGACUGCAGUGGAGUGACUUGGAGAGGUUAAAGACUAUAGAGGAGAUCACAGGAUAUCUGUACAUUGAUGCAUGGCCAGAUUAUUUGCCUGAUCUGAGUGUUUUUGAAAACUUGAAGGUGAUCAGAGGAAGAAUGCUUUACAAGGGUGUUUUCUCUUUGGGAGUUCAGUCUUUGCAUAUCGAGUCUCUCGGUUUGCGUUCAUUGCGAAGUGUCAGUGGUGGUUUAGCUCUGAUUCAUAAUAACUCUAGACUGUGCUACAUCUCCUCUCUGAACUGGACCUCUCUGCUACACCCCACGCAGGGACCCAACCUCAUCAGCAACAACAACCAAGACCAACAAACAUGUGUUUCAGAGGGCAGAGUGUGUGACCCCUUGUGUGCUGAAACGGGCUGCUGGGGCCCAGGACCUGGUCUGUGUGUGUCGUGUGUCAAUUACAAACGUGGGACGGAGUGUGUGGAGCAGUGUAAUGUCCUACAGGGGUUAGUACGGGAGUUUGUGGAUGGUUCUGGCUGUGUCUCGUGUCACCCAGAGUGUCGAGCAGUCAAUGGCUCUACCUCCUGUACAGGCCCUGGUCCAGAACAGUGUAAGGAGUGUAUGCACUUUCAGGAUGGAGAUGUGUGUGUGGAGCGCUGUCCCAGUGGUGUGAAAGAGGACCAGCACACUGUGUGGAAAUACUUCAAUGCUACAGGACACUGUCUGCCCUGUGAGACCAACUGCACUGUCUCGUGCCCAUUAGAUGAUAGGGGGUGCCCCAUCCAACAGAAAACUGGGCCUGGUACAACCAUUGCGAUCACAGUUGGUGGUGUGUUUCUCUUCGUCAUUUUGCUGGCACUGCUGGUGUUUUACCUGCGCCGACAGAAGCACCAGAAGAAAAAAGAAACCUUAAGGAGAAUUCUGCAAGAGCACGAGCUGGUGGAGCCUCUGACUCCGAGUGGAGCAAUGCCCAAUCAGGCUCAGAUGCGCAUCCUUAAAGAGACAGAGCUUAAGAAACUCAGAGUGCUGGGAUCUGGAGCCUUUGGCACAGUCUAUAAGGGUAUCUGGGCACCUGAUGGGGAGAACGUUAAGAUCCCAGUGGCCAUUAAGGUUUUACGUGAGAACACCUCACCCAAAGCCAACAAAGAAAUCUUGGAUGAGGCGUAUGUUAUGGCAGGCGUGGCGAGUCCAUAUGUGUGCCGUUUGCUGGGUAUCUGUCUGACAUCUACGGUUCAGCUGGUCACUCAGCUCAUGCCAUACGGAUGUUUGUUGGACUAUGUCAGAGAGAACAAGGAUCACAUUGGCUCUCAGUACCUCCUCAACUGGUGUGUACAGAUUGCUAAGGGAAUGAGUUACCUUGAAGAAGUGAGGCUGGUUCACAGAGACCUUGCAGCUCGGAACGUUCUGGUCAAAAACCCAAACCAUGUGAAGAUUACAGACUUUGGGUUGGCCAGACUGUUGGACAUAGAUGAGACCGAGUACCAUGCUGAUGGGGGAAAGGUGCCCAUCAAAUGGAUGGCACUUGAGUCCAUAUUACACCGGAAGUUUACUCACCAGAGUGAUGUAUGGAGCUAUGGGGUGACUGUAUGGGAACUGAUGACCUUUGGCAUGAAACCAUAUGACCUCAUACCAGCGCGGGACAUUCCAGAACUGCUUGAGGAUGGAGAGAGGCUCCCUCAGCCAUUCAUCUGUACCAUAGAUGUAUAUAUGAUCAUGGUCAAAUGUUGGAUGAUCGAUCCCGAAAGUCGGCCACGAUUUAAGGACCUGGUGGCUGAUUUCACUUCCAUGGCACGGGAUCCCCCACGUUAUGUAGUCAUUCAAAAUGAUGAGCAAAUGAGUUUGUCGAGUCCCGUUGAUAGUGAGUUUUUCCGCACUCUAAUGGCGGAGGAAGGGGGGAAUGUGAAGGAGUUACUGGAUGCAGAAGAAUAUCUGGUGCCCCAGCCUGGCGUCUUCAACACACAAGGAGAAAUCAGAGCCAAUGGACCCAGCAGACACCACUCACACCGGAGCACAGAUCAAGGCUUAGUGAUGGAUGGUAUGCCAAGUGGGAAGGGUUUGUACUCCUCUGUCAGCACUUUGGGGCAGAGUCAGUACCCAACACUUCCUGUGGGGGCAACGGCCAAUGGGAUGUGGGCAGGGCCACAGUACCCCUCCCUUGUACGGAGCAUUUCACACCAUUCAGCUGGGGGCCAAUCAGAUUCUGUGUUUCUGGAUGGGGACGUGGAGGGAAACAGCCCUCCAUCUAGUCCUGGGCGCUACUCUAAAGACCCCACCAUCCCCUAUGGCAUAGAUGGAGAGUUGGAGACCGCUGGUCCUAUCACUUUCCUUUCACACACACUACCACGUGGAGCACACACACAACCUGAGUAUGUGAACCAGGACGUCCCAUCAGAGCAUCCCAGCACCCUUCCGCGCAAAGCAGGCGAGAGGCGGUUCAUUAAUGGUCUGUGUACAGGGGACAGUGUGGAGAACCCAGAACACUUGGUUCUUGUGGGCAACAUGUCACCCACUUCACCUGCCUUUGACAAUCCCUACUAUCAUGAUAUUGCAGCUAAAGCUAAGGCAAUCACCGGAGCAUCCCUGAAUGGCGGUCCAACUCACAGGCAACCUAAGGGCUACAUGACCCCCACAGCAGAAAAUCCAGAGUACCUGGGCUUAGCAGAGACAUGGAGUGGUCAAGUCGAUUAUACUUGAGUGAAAUAAUGUGGUACAGCAAAUGUGUGACUGUAAUGACAAGGUGGUGUAUGAGUGAAUGAAUGAGUAAUGUCAUGUAUUUUGUGAAGGACAUUCAGGCCUCUGGGAAUGGUUUCACUUGACUGUCUUCUAAAUCAACACAAAACCCAGUGUAGCAUUUUGAAUGGGAGUUUGAACUUGAAAAUGGAUGCAUCUUUGCCAGAACAAUCAGCUUUGGAAAUGUGCUGACUGAGCUGACAAAAAAUGUGGAACGAGCAUUUUGGUACAAGCUUUUUAGUAUGUUUUUUAAGACAGUUUGAAUGAUGACAAUGUUAAAUAACACUGGAUCCAACAAUAUGUCUUCGGAUAUAACACUACUACAUGGCUUUUAAUUUGGGAUUUAUUUUGCUCAUCUUGCAAGAACAUCACAUCACACCUUUUUCUAAAGGUUCAAUUCAAUUCAGAACCAGUAGCAUAAACUCUGGUUUUACAGACAGCUGUGUGAGAGCAGAACGGGUGUGUAGCAUUGGUGUAACUCUUGAUCAAAGCUUGACAGCUUGACAUGAUUAAAGCCAUUCUGUUGUCUAUGUGAAGGCCCUGGGUGAGCAGCUAGACUAUUGUGCCAAUGUAUGAAAGAGAGACAUCAUUGCCACAGGAAACGGGUGCAACUGGCCAUGAAGAUUCAUCAACAUUUUUCCUCUGUAAUAUAUCCAGCUUUUUACACUUUUGUGGGUAUUUUUUUAAUUCAUUUUGGUUCUUAUGAGUAAUGAUUAUUUUCAUUAUGGACUUGGUAGCAGUUGUACAGUGAAAUUAUGAUAUAUGGCCUAUAUGUAGAGCAAGGUGAAUCUCACAAAGAGGUGUCCCAAUAAUUUUCUACCCAAAAAUCUAAGGAAAAAUAUACAAAAUUAUAUUUAGCAUAAAGAAUAUGAAGCACAUGUUAGGACUAUUGAGAUUAAUAAAAUGUAUUUGUUUUAUUUUUAUUUUACAAUUAUUUUAAUGGCAAUUAAAAACAUUUUCCAUGCAAAUUUGCAAUAAUGUUGUGUCUGGAAAUUGUUGUUUUGAGGUUUUGUUUUUUUGUUUGUUUUGUUUUUGUACUUCCCAUAAUUCUCAAAGUUGAUUAUUAGAUUAGAUAUCAUUAGAUUCUCAUUAUUGCAGUGCAGUAAUUUUUAAUUUGAUAAAAUAAGCAUUAAUGAUUAAGUCAGUACAACGUAUCCUACCAUGAUAAAUAAAUACUUUACAGUUAAAGUGAUAAAUAAUUUUCUUCAUAUUACUGUAAUGAGAAUUAGGUUUUUUUAUUUUAUGUAAGUGAGAGGGAAAUGUACUUAACUGUCUUGAAAAUAAUGUCACAAUUGAUCUUAAUGGUCAUAAAAUAGGCUUCGUCAACUUGCAAAAUAGGAUUUCUCUUUGCUUGCUUUAAUUUUGGGUAUAUUUCUCACUUAUAUUUUUGUUAUAUAUUUUUUUAAUGUUAAAAAAUAUGUGAAAGGAAUCAUUGCUUUACCAAACCGAGUGCCUUUUUUGCAGUAAUGUAUACAAUGUGUUAUUAAUUGAUCUGAUGGGCCCCUUCAGUUACUUUCAGAUUACCUUUUAAUUUUGUAAAAAAAAAAAAAAAUGAAGACUUUAAGCCAACUCAAAAUUUUAUCGUCCAUGUAUAUAUAAUGCCUAUUGUGAUAGCUUAAUGAGAUUGCAUAAAUUUGCUUCACAUAUACACACAAAGAAGGCUAACACUAAACACAGUGUUGUGCUGUAAAUACUUCACAUUUAAGAAUGUAAUCUAAUUUCCAUAAAUUAGCAGCUGUGGCCUCUGGGUGGACAAACGCCACUUCAAUGCCUCCAUUGUUCCAACAUGUGCCUUUUGUGAACUACCCGACUCAAGCAGCCAGUUAAUGUCCUCUCUUUUGAGACAAGAUGUGUGUAAUUUCCUUGCCAUGUCAUUAGACAUUCUUUGGGGGAGUUUUAUAUUUAGUUCAAUCAUUGUCACUAUGUCAAAACUAUUUUAUCUUAAAUUCAGAUGUUUGACAAUCUAAAAGGCUUUAGUAGUUAAUUAUUAAUUUUCUUUCAUGAUCCUUAUAGUUAUGGAGUAAUAACCUGAAUAUGAACAUUUGAAUUUUGUUUUUGGACUAUGUGAAAUCACUCAAUACUGAUGAUGAACUUGUGAGUUGAGUAGCUGGAGGGAGAGAGUGAUAAUAUGCAUGCUAAUGGUAUGGUGCAUUUUAAUGUUAGCCCAAACAAUGAAAUGAUUGUAUUUGAAAAUAAGGAAUGGUGGUAAAACUGUUUGUUGAA